AUGGCGGCAGCGGCGGCUGCAAGAGUUGUGUCUGUGGGCCCUGGUCUCCGGGGCAUGCAGCGGACACUACCUCUCGUAGUGAUUCUCGGGGCCACGGGCACCGGUAAAUCCACCCUGGCCUUACAACUCGGCCAGCGGCUCGGUGGCGAGAUCGUCAGCGCUGACUCUAUGCAGGUUUAUGAAGGUCUCGACAUUAUCACCAAUAAGGUUUCUGCCCAAGAGCAGAGGCUGUGCCAGCACCACAUGAUCAGCUUUGUGGAUCCUCUCGUGACGAAUUACACAGUGGUGGACUUCAGGAACAAAGCAACUGCUCUGAUUGAAGAUAUAUUUGCCCGAGAUAAAAUUCCUAUUGUCGUGGGAGGAACCAAUUAUUACAUCGAAUCUCUGCUCUGGAAAGUUCUCGUCAAUGCUAAGCCCCAGGAGAUGGGCACUGAGAAAGUGAUCGACCGAAAAGUUGAGCUUGAAAGGGAGGACGGCCAUGUUCUCCACAAACGCCUGAGCCAGGUUGACCCGGAAAUGGCUGCCAAGCUGCACCCACAUGACAAGCGCAAAGUGGCCAGGAGCCUGCAAGUGUUUGAGGAAACGGGAAUCUCUCAUAGUGAAUUUCUUCAUCGUCAACAUGCGGAGGAAGGCGGUGGUCCCCUUGGAGGCCCUCUGAAGUUCCCUAACCCAUGCAUCCUCUGGCUUCAUGCAGAACAGACAGUUCUAGAUGAGCGCUUGGAUAAAAGGGUGGAUAACAUGCUUGCUGCUGGGCUCUUGGAUGAACUAAGAGAUUUUCACAAACGCUAUAAUGAGAAGAAAGUUGCAGAAAAUAGCCAGGACUAUCAACAUGGUAUCUUCCAAUCAAUUGGCUUCAAGGAAUUUCACGAGUACCUGAUCACUGAAGGAAAAUGCACACCAGAGAUUAGAAACCAGCUCCUAAAGAAAGGUAUUGAGGCUCUGAAACAAGUGACUAAGAGAUACGCCCGGAAACAAAACCGAUGGGUUAAAAACCGUUUUUUGAGCAGACCUGGUAUCGGUGUUCCCCCAGUAUAUGGCUUAGAAGUAUCUGAUGUCUCGAAGUGGGAGGAGUCUGUUCUUGAACCUGCACUUGAAAUUGUGCGAAGUUUCAUCCAGGGCCACAAACCCGCAGCCACUCCAGUAAAGAUGCGAAGCAAUGAAACUGAGAACAAGAGAAGUUAUCAUAUGUGUGAGCUCUGUGAUCGAAUCAUCAUUGGGGACCGUGAAUGGGCAGCACAUAUGAAAUCCAAAUCCCACUUGCACCAACUGAAGAAAAGAAGAAAGUUGGACUCCGAUGCCGUCACCACCGUAGAAAGUCAGAGUGUUUCCCCAGACCAUGACAAAGAGCUUAAAGAAAAGGGAUCCCUUGGGCAGAAUGAUAAAGAGCUGAAAGUCAGCAUGUAAGGGACUUGUCCAGUGACCUUUGCAAAAGUGGCAAGAGUCCAGUUCUUCCAUUCAGUGCUGUGGUUUGAAAGUCUCAUGUUCUCUGCCGUGGAGACAGUAGGUCCUGUUAGCUCCUUGUGUGGCUGAUGUGUCUGGUAAUGAUGAGUUCAGGAAAGGAGUUUUUCUUUUUUUUUUCUUUUAAUCUUAAAGGUUCUAUUUUUAAAAGAGGCACAGAUUGCACUUUUUUAUAUUUGAUCUUCUUGGUGAUAACUACUGGGAUUCACUCUAUCCCUUUUAAAAAAGUUUUAUGUCCUUGACUCUGGCUGGAAAUACCUAAUUUCCAGACACUUUUAUAGCUGACUGAAUUAUUGUGAGCCACAGUUCCGGAGUUCUGGAUGGGAGUGAAUGGCAGGAAAGGAUAAGCCCCAGUGAGAUAACUAAGUGAACCAAACCAGUUUCAGGAAUUCCAUAAAGAAGCAGAGAAUCAGACUGAGGUGGUUGGGACUUAAAGUCUGAAGACUUUGACAUUUGUUGAGCUCUUCCUGUGUGAUAAUCACUGGUAUAUUCCUGUUGAGUUAGGAAUCUAUUUUUAUUCAAAGUUAAAUAAAGAAAAGUUUUUAGGAGCCUCUCUAGUGCUUAAAAAGAUAUCUAUGUGAUGUCUAACAUAUAGUGUGCUUUGUUUUCAACAUGAGAACUUUUUCUCAAAGUCAGUGUUCUUAAUAUGCUAUUUGUUUAUUUAGCAGAUGCUUAUUGAGCAGUUCAUUAUAUUCCUGGAAAACAUCUGGAAAGGGUCUUUUUGUUUGUUUGGCAUGCGGGAUCCUAGUUCCCCAAACAGGAAUCAGUCUUGUGCCCCCUGCAGUGAAAGUGUUGAGUCUUAAUCACUGAACUGCCAUGGAAGUCCCAGGGGGACUUUUUUUUAAUUGGAGAUUUGUUAUUUCCAGUUGAAGCUCUCUUACUGGAGUGAACUGAGCUACCAGCCAUAUAUGAAUGUAACAUAAAAUUAAGCAUUUUUAAGUUCA